UCUCAUCGAAAAACCCCUCCUUUUAUUUCUGCUACAGCAGCUUCUUCUCCGUCCGCUCCAAGAGCGCCACACCACCCGGCCGGAGGAGCACGCGCAUCGCACUCUCAGAUCCUCCCGCAUUCCACGAGGGGAGGCUAGCCAGUAGGACAAACUAUGAGUGCUUCUGCAGCUGCUGGUAUGCAGACGGUGGCUGCACGCCCCUGUAUCUCGGUCUCACAAGGAAUGCUUGCCUCGAGGGCAGCGGUUUCUCGGGCGCUCAGUACUACCACUGGCUUUGCAAGCUGUCCCAAGAUCUGCUCCAGGCCACUUAGUUUUAAGCGCAGUGGUGUUGUCGUAAGAGCGAUGUCAGGAGAAGGUGCCUCUCAAGGGCUGCCCAUUGAUCUUAGAGGUAAAAGGGCAUUUAUUGCUGGAAUUGCUGAUGAUAAUGGCUAUGGCUGGGCAAUUGCGAAGGCUCUUGCUGCAGCUGGUGCCGAAAUUCUUGUUGGUACUUGGGUGCCUGCACUUAACAUAUUUGAGACAAGCUUGAGACGUGGAAAGUUUGACGAAUCACGGAAGCUGCCUGAUGGAUCUCUUAUGGAUAUUGUUAAAGUUUAUCCACUUGAUGCCGUCUAUGAUUCCCUUGAGGAUGUUCCUGAAGAUGUCAAAUCAAACAAAAGAUAUGCUGGAUCGUCAAAUUGGACUGUUAAGGAAGUUGCUGAAUCAGUGAAGAAUGAUUUUGGCAGCAUCGACAUACUUGUGCAUUCUCUUGCUAAUGGUCCUGAGGUAACAAAACCUUUGUUGGAGACAUCAAGAAGAGGAUACCUAGCUGCGAUGUCAGCAUCCAGUUACUCUUUUGUUUCAUUGCUUCAGCACUUCCUUCCUGUAAUGAAUCCAGGUGGUGCUAGCAUCUCUCUAACAUACAUUGCAUCUGAAAGGGCAAUUCCUGGAUAUGGUGGUGGCAUGAGCUCAGCUAAAGCAGCUCUUGAGAGUGAUACACGAGUACUUGCUUUUGAAGCUGGAAGAAAGGGCAAAAUCAGAGUUAACACCAUAUCAGCAGGGCCCUUGGGGAGCCGAGCUGCUAAGGCAAUUGGAUUUAUCGAGAAGAUGAUAGAGUACUCAUAUGUUAAUGCGCCAUUGCAGAAGGAACUGUUGGCAGAUGAAGUGGGGAACACAGCUGCAUUCCUGGUGUCUCCAUUGGCUUCUGCUAUCACUGGCUCAACUGUUUACGUUGACAAUGGACUUAAUACGAUGGGGCUUGCAGUUGACAGCCCUACAAUAACAUCAUAGAUGUGGUUCUGGUAGAUAGAUGGAUUUUCCUGCUUCAUUGCGGUGUGAUUCUUGAAUAAAGAACCUAGCUAGUUAAUGUAAGAGCUAAGGGCAGGAAAAGAAAAUGAAGAAACUGUCCAUUUGCAGCCUUCGCCGUUGGAGACCAUCUUAUCCAUUUGGUUCUCGAUGUUAGAGUAAUUUCUAUACUGGGGUGCUUGAUUAAUGCUACCGUGUGCUUUGAAAUGAUACCAAGCUGUCCAAUAACCCCUUUGGCCCCUUUCUGAUGUUGUAUCUUUACUUGAAUUUUGGAUACUGUUUUCACUGUGGUUGUGUACUUCCUUGAUGAACUCUGUCAUACAUACAACUAAAAUUAUAUUCAAGAUAAGUUAUGGAUA